AUGGUUGGAGAGCAGGGAAAUCGGACAUCCGGGCCUAGAAACACUGCGUCCCGUUCAGUACCAAACAGUUACUGGUGGAAACGAAUUCACAAUUUGAAUGCGCGGUCAGGAGUGCAAGAAGUCAGUGAUGGCCUUAACUGUGCAGAGAAAUUUAGCUCGUUAGUGUCUUGUCACCGAGGAUAUGGAUCUGUGGCAUUUUAUGCCGUUUUUUCUUUGUUUAUUUUGACAUUCUUGUACGCGAUUUGGAAAAUCGUUAGCGCUCACUCUCGCUCCACACGGAGGCCUGGUUCGAGUAACUCUACAUCAACAACUAAGUUAGGUCCCACGCCGCAUGCCCUCACGGGCUAUCCCGCAGCUCAUCCUUGGAUGACAACAGAAAGCAUAACGGAACAUUUUCAUCAAAAUGUAAAGAAACUUCACCCCUCGCAAAACGAGGCUCCGCAACAGAGGCCUUCGUCUCCAAUUUAUUUUCCUUCACCAAAUAACGAGCAUGAAAAAAUUACAUCUGUUACCAACAAUGACGAUCCUUUAAUUGGAGGGAAUGUUGCGCUCAGGAACCUUUUACCAACUUUGCCUUCUCCAGCGAGGGCGACAAAACGCUUCAAUAACUAUUACCAAGGAGCAUUCAAUAGUAUUCAGCCAGCGUUAAAUUACCCAUCAGAACAAUACCCCGCUGUUUUUAAUCCAAUUCUACCUACAGUUCGUUAUCCGAAAGCUUAUUAUCUUUAUUCUCGGCCUCCAAUACCGGCGGGUGUGAUGGAAAAUCAAAAUUAUCCAAUUGAAACCAAGGUUUCCCGCCCACUUCCAUAUAGCAGCAAUUCCGUCGGAAUUUCAAAUGAUAAGCCAGCCGUGUCGUCAUAUCCUGUGGAACCUAAUGUCUCCUACAUAACCCCCUAUUACUUUCCUUCAAACAAGAAUUCUAUGACCAGAAGUUCCUUCAGCAACGGUUAUUAUGGAGAGAGCCCCUUCAUGAGUAAUUUCGUUGGAGCAGAAACUACUCCAUCCCCUCUCAUUUCCUUCCUUAAAGGAAGUUCUAGCAAAGUCAGUUUAUCACCACGACAAUCAAGUCAAACCGGGGAAGGGAGGAAGAAGCCUCGAAGAAAAAACAGAAGACAUAAGAAAAGGAAACAGAGUCGCCCUUUCAGAAAACACUCGGAAUUCGAAGAAAUUCAGGAUAUUGAAGAGGAAAGCAACAGAGCGUCGAGUAAAGCUUCCUCACCAAGACAUCAUAAAAUUGAAGUUGAGAGGAAAGCGGGAAAGCAAACCAAGGAGCGUUAUGGCACACGAAAAUUGGGUAAGGGUCGUCAUACUGGUUCGACAAUUAGAGGAGUGCGUCAUAGAUCACAUAUCCUUGCAUCAAGACGAGUGCACACUUCAUCGGAAAUUGAGGUUUAUCACACUUAUCAUGGAUUGGAAAAGAAAGCACAACAUAAGAGACGUCAAGACACAUCAAACAAGUAUAGAAGGACAAAUAUUCCACAUCCACAGAUAACUGUGCAGACCGGUCACUCAAGGCAUUCGCAUUAUCAUUUCAGAAAGAAGGAUCAUGCAAUUCAUCGUCAUUCAAAAGGGUUAGGCGGACACCACGUCGCACAUGAGCGGCAUGGGAAAAUUUUGGAUUUCAAGCAAUACCAUCGGUACAGAAAGCAUCAUUCUCUUAGUGACGAAAUUCGAGGUAAAUGGCAUAUUAGUAGGCAUCGCGUUAAAACGUGUAAUGUUAUUGAUACUUUUGCAACUCGCGGAACCGUGAAAAUUACAAGGGCUGUGGGUCACAAAAAGCAGUAUUUGCACACAUUACUCGCAUGUCGACCUGUAAGGUUGAGAGUAAGGCAUAGAAACCAUCAACGGACGUUUUCCGUCAAAUAUGCUCAGCUGUGCAGUAAAAGGUGGUACGUGACUAAAGGUGUUAUCCACAUUCAGAAAACAGUUUCCAAUGAAAUAGAAAUUCCACGAUAUAACGUGCGUAUUUGUGAGCCUUCUUAUGCGCAUGCCAUGAACCUUCUGCCUACCAAAGAGAAAGAAACCAAGGUUUGGGGUUUAUCCCAAGAAUUUCUUCGUAAAGUGGAGAAAGAGGAUGAGAGAAAAUUCAAAUUAAGCUCUUCAUCUUCGAAGCGUGGUCACAAAAAAAAGAAAAAGAGAGUAAAGCCGUGGCAACACAGCAAAAAGAAAAGCUUCAGAUCAAAUAAGACUCGCAACUCCAUCAAAAAGCCAAGAGAGUACCACAAAGUAGAGACAAAGUGGAAAAUACAUCAUCAUAGAGUGCACAAAAAAAGUCACCACCUGAAACGUAAAUCAGAGAAAAGACAUGGUGGAAAGAAGAAGAAACAUAACAGGAAAGUGAAGGGUGGUUUGGAAACGAAAAAGAACAAGCUUUCAUCCAAGAGAGGCGAAGAACACGUUCAAAAUCCCGAUAAACUAUUCUAUGGAAAGCUUUUACGAGUUCUUAAACUUGCUAGGACGUAUGAGAGGAAAAAGGAAAACAAAACAAAUAGCGAUGAUGUUUUUGAUUCUCUUGAAGCUGUUCUUACGCAAAAUAGAAAUGUAGACAACAACUCCAUCAGAAGUGAUAACUCGACAUCAAAGAUAAAUCAUGCAAAAGAAAAUAAUGUAACCAAACACAAUGAGAGGGAUGGAGACCCAGCAGGACAACCAAAAAGUCGCCAAAAGGAUAGUAAGGUCAACAUUCAAAGGCUGUUGGCCAAAGUACUUCCUGCAGUAGUAGCUAAAAUCAUCAACGCUGAUCACGACGUCGGGGAAUCAGAGGCCACUGAGGUAAAGACUAAACCAACACAGAGCACAACUACAGAAAAGACGACGACAAAAAAGCCUAUACCAACGAAUAAGAUUACCACCCCAGCGAAGAAUUCAUUAGGGGAAAAAAGCAUGCAAGACAUCGUGAAACGCAUUUUGCCACUCCUGCUUCAGAGGGCUGGCAAAAAAACAACAAAGCAGGCACAAGGAAUCAAAUCGAAGCAUAAGACAAAAGAGCCAUCAUUUCCACCAAAACGAACAUCUCCUAAACCCAAGAAAAUAAUGGUCAGGACAAGUUUGACGAAUAUUUUAUCAAAGUUAGGCAUAGGCAACUUAGAUUCAAAUAGCCUGAGCAGCACAAUUCUUGCAAAAACAACAAGUUUUAUUCCGAAACCUCCAUUGAAGUCCAAGCCGAAAUCAACUGCUGUUCCGUUGAAGACUACUGUGAUAACGACGAUUCCACCCCAGUCACCAUAUACACCACUAACGCCUACUCUUACAACCCAACUACCUCCAACCCUUAGAGAACCGGACAUUGACCGAUCAUCAUUUCGUCCAACGAUGGAGCAGUUCUUUCCCCCACAUGAAAAUUCACAGAUUUCCCCAGUAGGACCUCCAUCUGUCUCUCAGUCAGAACCUUCAUCUGUUCAGUCACCAGGGUCUUUACCAGCAUCCUCUCCGAUAUCUUUUUCUCCUCGAAGGUCAGAUCCUUACUCGCGAAACAUUUUAUGUUUUGGAGAUAGUUUGACUAGUGGCUUUUUCAACCACGGGCGAAAUUUCCACCCCUACAGUCAACGACUCAGUCAACUACUGAAUUCUGAUGGUAGACUGAAGUAUUACGUCAAAACGAGUGGAAAAGUGCGUGAAAUGGCACAUGGCAGCAUGACCAAGCGCUUACCACAAGUAUUGGGAAACAGCUCACGAUUUGAUUGGGUAAUCAUUCUGGGUGGAACUAAUGACGUAGCACAUGUUAAGAAUUUUGGAGACGAUGAUUCAUUUAUGACUCAGCUAAUUAACGUGUGGCAGCCACGAAUUACACGUGAUAUUGAAAUGCUCCAUGAAACUGCACACCGGUACGGUGCGCGAACCCUCCUUUUAACCAUUCCGGAAACGGCUUACGAAGCUUGGCCUAGUUUUAAGACCUUGUGGGUUAUGCGUAAUAGACUAAACGAAGACUUGCGAAAGUAUGCGCUUAGAUCUCAAGGAAAUGUAGUGCUGUGUGAUUUGGCUGCUAAGUUUCCGAGACAUUCGCUUCCGCCUCAAACCCAAGCUCUUUUGUGGAAUGAUCAUCUUCAUCCUACCGCUUAUGGCUAUGACAAGAUGGCUGAGAUAGUAUACCAGUGCUUAAAACCGUACCUUCGUUGA